AACUAACUGGUUAAAGUGCCGUGCGCGCUCGUACACCCUUUUUUCUCGCUAUUUUUGAAUUUUUACUUGAACAUUUACAAUUUUUUUUUUUUCUUCCUCUCCUUCGAGCAACAUGUGAAUACAGCGAGGCUUAUGCCUCUGUUUUUUUUUUCAAGUUUUUUUGGCCGCUUAAAAUUUUCUCGAAGGAAAAGCUCAAUUUUCUCUUUUCGAAAGGCGUUUUCGUGUAGAAUCGGUGGCAAAGUAUGUGCAAUCGUUUCGUGCAGUUUGACAAGUCUUUUGAAUAGUCUUGGACCCAUUUGUUCUUGAAGCAGUCCAAGACACGCUGACAAUCGUCCUGGUAUCGAGUUCAAAGGCAAAAAUGACGAGGAAGCUGGGAAAAAAUAAUACCUCCAUUGUGGACAUGGAGCUCAGCAUGAAUGACAAGUCAAAAGAAAACCCACAAGCCAAAGAUGCUACUUUUGGGACAUUGCUGGGGAAUUUCAUCAACAUUUACUGGAAAACGCUCGUCGUCGUGAUCUGGCCUCUCAUUCUCAUGCCCCUCGUUAUUUUGAACAACGAACAGAAGUACAGGUGUCUAUUCGUGGUAGCUCUGAUGUCGGUGUACUGGGUGACGGAAGUGAUACCACUACCGAUCACAGGCCUUUUACCGAUCGUUCUUUAUCCUCUGCUCGGCGUAAUGGACACGGAAGACACUUGCAAGUGUUACAUGAACGACACGACGAUGAUGUUCGUGGGAAGUCUUGUCAUUGCUUUGGCGAUCGAGCAUUCCGGCCUACACAUGAGGGUGGCCUUUGUUAUCAUCAAAUUCAUCGGCUGCGGUCAUCGAAAAUUGAGCUUGGGCUUGUUCUUGGUCACCAUGUUUAUUUCGAUGUGGAUCUCAAACACCGCAGCCACGGCUAUGAUGUUACCGAUCGUCGAAACAGUUCUCAUGGAGUUAGAAGCGCAAGGAUUAGGUAAAAUGUUCGUCCAGGACGAAGACGAGGACGAGGACUCGGAAAGCCCAAAGAGGCCGACGAAACUAACGAUGGGCUACUACUUGGCCAUAGCCUACGCCUCGAGCAUCGGCGGUAUCGGUACUCUGGUUGGAACCGGUACGAAUCUAACUUUAAAAGGCAUCUACGAAUCGACCUUCCCAAAAAGUCCGGGCAUUAAUUUCGCCGCGUGGAUGGUGUACGCGGUUCCGGUGAUGAUCAUCAUGGGCCUGCUGACCUGGCUAUGGCUCCAAGUGAUGUAUAUGGGCCUCUUCAGGCCCUCCAGCCGAGAAGCCAAGGCCAUUGACAUAGGCGACGAGGGCGAAAAGAUCGCCGCAUCCGUGAUCGAGGCCAAACACAAGGAGCUCGGCCCUGUCACUUGGCACGAGUCUUGCAUCGGUAUUCUCUUCGUGACCAUUCUGAUGCUGUGGUUCUUCAGGAAGCCGGAUUUCAUCAACGGCUGGCCCAAGUUCAUCACAACCAAGGACGUCAAGGACUCGACGGCAGCGGUGGGCCUUAUAAUCCUGAUGUUCGUCCUUCCGUCGCGGCUGGACUUUUUGAGCGCGUUUUCCAGCGAUCCUAACAAACGGCCAAAGAAACGCUCGCCUGGACUCAUGUGCUGGAAACUGAUCAUGAAGAAGAUGCACUGGGGCUUGAUAUUCGUUCUGGGCGGUGGUUUUGCCAUAGCCACGGGCAGCCGGUUGUCCCAAUUGUCGGACACGUUGGGCCACGCACUCGUUUUCUUGCAAAAGAUGAACUUCCUGGCGAUACUCGCAGUCGUGUGCCUAUUCGCCGAGACCGUGACAGAACUUACGUCCAACGUCGCCGUGGCGAACAUCAUUUUGCCGGUGUUGGCGGACAUGGCGAAGGCUAUCAAAAUCCACCCGCUGUAUCUGAUGGUGCCAGCAGCCCUGGGUUGUUCUUUCUCGUUCCACCUACCGGUGGGUACGCCGCCCAACGCCAUCGUCAGCGCAGCCGCGAAGAUCAAGACCAAGGACUUUGUGAUUGCUGGUAUCGGGCCGAGCCUCAUCACGGCUGUCGUCGUGCCCCUAUCCUUUGCCACAUGGGGCGUCUAUGCUUUCAACUUGGAUGAUCUUCCCAUGGAGAUGAUGGAUUUUAAUUGAGGAUUUCUUUUUCUAUUUUAUUUAUUUAUUUUUGCUCAUAGACAUGCCAAGCAUUGGGAUGAUGAGUCGGAGCUAGUGAAUAAACGACGAUGUUUUUCAUAAGAAAUUGAACAAUGAAAAUCAUGUACCAUCGUAAUGCCAUAGCUUUCGUAGCGUUAUUUAUUUUGGUACUUCUAUGGAGCAUAAAGUCUGCAUAAGAAGUUAGCGGAGAACACAUUUUUGAUGAACCUAUACGUGUACAUCAUGCCUUUCCGUGAUUUUUGUUUAUUUAUGUAUGUGAAUGCGAGGAAUAUGCAUGUGUAUAUUUAUCGAAAAUUUAGUAUUUAAAUAUGUACUUUUCAAACUUUUCUUUGUGAUCUUGUUUAGUUUUGUAAACUAGUACUAUGUACUGUAAAAAUGAGAGAUGUAAGUAUGGAGAAAAGUUGUAAAAAAACGAAAGCAAGUAUUGAUUAUGAAAAUAGUUCAAAUUGCAUUUUUGAAACUGGUACAA